CCGCCUUAACCACUCGGCCAAGUGAGCUAUUGAGAAAGACGUGAUUUUUCGAGCCGUAGCAGGGCAUAAGUACAAUGUUACUAUCACCAGUUGCAUAUUGCUAGUUCAGUCUUAGGAUCACGCUUUGGGGCUCCAUGAGGCUUUUUCGGAAAACGUUGGGGGUCUUUAUGAUGGAUGAGGGAUAUCAUGACAACCCAUGCUUGAUGAGUCUAGGCUAUAGGCUGAAUGAAAUGGAAAAGUUUUAAUUGAGGCUGAGAUCGGAGAGAUUACCGGUGUUGGGGGAAAGGUGAGAGUCAGCUCGGUCAGGACGACGAGCAGUUGUUUACUACGUUGCUAGUCAAUAUGCUGUAUGCUGUAUGCUGUAUGCUGUAUUCAGUUUACAGUGAAGUUCUUUUCUAUUGAUGAGACACUAUCCUAAAGCUGUAUAGACUUCCAGCUAGGAUGUACCAGGCAAUUGAUAAAGACAUCUCACGAUAAAUAAGCUGUCCUCAAUGCCUCAGCCGGAGGUGAUGCGGGACAACCACGGCGAGUGCGCGGCAUAACCGGAGCCCCUUGACUGUAGAGCCUCCACUGAGAUUAUGACGCAUGCAGGAUAAGGGAAAAAGAGGCUAGUAUGAUUAUGGAGACAUGACGAAAAGAUUUGGAAAAGUCCAGUCAGCCAACCUUGAUGAUUUGUAAAUUUGGUAACAAUCGUUAAGUAAGGCGGGGCUUUAAGUUAUAAGCUGUUGAAGAGCUCUGGUUUUUAGCUCGGAGAGCAUGGUGUAGCGUCAUGCUGUCAUUGGAGGGGUUAGCUGACAUCUGUGAGAGAGAUGGACAUGACUUGGGGGAAUUGACAAAAUGAGUGAUAAAAAGAUGUCAUACCAUAACAAUUAGGAGUAGCUAAAGUGGCAUCAUGAUAGUAUCAAUCAAAUAAACUGUAUAGAACAAGAAAGAAUAGAUGAUGGUUGAAGUGGGAUGAUGAAUGCCCCCACUCCGCCCAUGCCGCUCUCUGCUCUUUCCCCUCCCCCUCCAUUGGCAUUCAUCGGAGCUCUACCAUGAGACGCACCCAAGACAAUUCAGAGACAUAACCUCAUUUCCCCUCCCACUCUUUUCCGAUCUGCUAUUUCUUCUCUUCUUUCCAUCACCUCCAUCCUUAUCUCCCCAUCACUAUCUCUACACAGCAUCAAUAUGGCCCCCGCAAACACUCUCCCCGCUUGGUCUGACCUCCAAGCCCAUCGCGACAGCGUAGGCAAGUCCUUCGUACUCAAGGAGGCAUUCGCUUCCGACCCCCAGCGAUUCGACCGCUUCACCCGAACCUUCACCUCCGACGGUGUAUCCUCCGAGAUCCUCUUCGACUUCUCCAAGAACUUCCUCACAGAUGAGACCCUCGAUCUCCUCGUCAAGCUCGCCGAGCAGGCUGGCGUUGAGAAGAAGCGCGAUGCCAUGUUUGCUGGCGAGAAGAUCAACUUCACCGAGGGUCGCGCCGUGUACCACACUGCUCUGCGAAAUGUUAGCGGUUGGGAUAUGAAGGUUGAUGGUGUUGAUGUCAUGAACACAAAGGGUGGUGUCAAUGAGGUUCUUGAGCACAUGAAGGAGUUUUCUGAGCAGGUUCGAAGUGGAGAGUGGAAGGGAUAUACUGGCAAGAAGCUCACAACCAUUAUCAACAUUGGUAUUGGUGGUUCUGAUCUCGGCCCUGUCAUGGUCACCGAAGCUCUCAAGCACUACGGCGCCGAAGACAUGACCCUUCACUUCGUCUCCAACAUUGACGGAACCCACAUCGCCGAGGCCCUCAAGAACUCUGACCCCGAGACCACCCUCUUCCUCAUCGCCUCCAAGACCUUCACCACCGCAGAGACCACCACCAACGCCAACACAGCCAAGAAGUGGUUCCUCGAGAAGACCGACAACAAGGGCGACAUCGCCAAGCACUUUGUCGCCCUCUCCACCAACGAGGAAGAGGUUACCAAGUUUGGCAUCGACAGCAAGAACAUGUUUGGCUUUGAGAGCUGGGUCGGUGGUCGAUACUCUGUCUGGAGUGCCAUUGGUCUGAGCAUUGCUCUCUACGUUGGCUUUGACAACUUCCACAAGUUCCUUAGCGGUGCUCAUGCCAUGGAUAAGCACUUCCGCGAGACCCCUCUCAAGGACAACAUUCCUCUUCUUGGUGGUCUCUUGAGUGUCUGGUACUCUGACUUUUUCCAGGCCCAGACUCACCUUGUUGCUCCCUUCGACCAAUACCUUCACCGAUUCCCUGCCUACCUCCAGCAGCUCUCCAUGGAGUCCAACGGAAAGACCAUCACCUCUGAUGGAUCUUCUGCCAAGUACACUACUGGUAAGUGGAUAACCUCCUGCAUGAAACCCAGCUAACGUUCCAGGCCCCAUUCUCUUCGGCGAGCCUUGCACCAACGCUCAGCACUCCUUCUUCCAGCUCGUCCACCAAGGCACCAAGCUAAUCCCCACCGACUUCAUCCUCGCCGCCAAGUCCCACAACCCUGUCAGCGACAACCUCCACCAGAAGAUGCUUGCCUCCAACUACUUCGCCCAGGCUGAGGCUCUCAUGGUCGGCAAGACAGACGAUCAGGUCCGUGCCGAGGGUACUCCCGAGGAGCUUGUUCCUCACAAGCGCUUCCUUGGAAACCGACCCACGACCUCCAUCCUUGUCGGCGGCGCCAUUGGUCCCGCCGAACUGGGUGCCCUGAUCGUGUACUACGAGCACCUCACCUUUACCGAGGGUGCUAUCUGGGACAUCAACAGCUUUGACCAGUGGGGUGUUGAGCUGGGCAAGGUCUUGGCCAAGAAGAUUCUCAAGGAGCUUGAUGAGGCGGGCAAUGGUGAGGGACACGAUGCUUCUACUGGCGGGCUGAUUGGAGCGUUCAAGAAGUAUGGUAACUAAAAGGAGGAUUGAGUGUUAAUGUGUAGCGAGUGGAACGAUGUUGAUAAUGAUUAAGGAUAGCAUGAAUAAGUUUGACGGCCUAUGUUCUGGACCUGUCUUGUAAGUUGUAUGGACGUACGAGGUGAAUGAUGUCUCUGUACAUGUCCACACGCAAAAGUACUCGUGAGUAUGAUGAAGAGUGCAAUGUAGUAUUGAUCGCUGUGUAUCGUGAUUAUCUGUAUACAUAUUUCAGAUUUCCUUGUUAUUCUCAGAUGUUGAUUCCAUUGCACCGUCAAACACGGCACAAGAAGACGGCACAAGUAUACCAUGCACCUGCGCGAUUUCUCACGUUCACAUAUUAAACCGCAACACCUUAUCACUUGCAUUUAUAUUAAUGACACGUGGAACAAGGCACCUCGGUCAAAUGAGUGUUUAUGUAUGUUUUGUCUUGAGGUUCCGUGUCUCCGGCGGAUGUAUGUAUUUCCACUUUGGGUAGUGUCACUGCUUGAGUAAAGGUGCGUCUGUGUAGAUCAGUCCAUUCAUACAGUAUCAAGGCGUCUGAGAGCACUGCCACGUUCUGAGAGCAUUGAUACCGUUAGAGUCCGGGUGCAUUAAGAGUGCUGCGUUUAAGAACAUUGGCCUGUUUGAGGGUCAAUGGUGAGACGAGCAGGUGAGGUUCAAGCGUGUGGAGUUUUGCGGGGGAAUAUGGGGAAGAGGGGGGGAAUCCCUCUGAGGGUGUACAAGGUGGUAUGUUUAUGAGAUAUAUCACGCAGAGACUUAUCACAUCGGGGUUAUAACGGUGCUUUUUAUCGCGGG